AUGAACUUUAAAAUAGAUGAACAAAUAAGGGAGUACAAUUUGCUCAAGGACAGGUUUGUUGAUACCGAAACAGAAUUGCGUAAAUUACGAGAUACUUUGAAAGUAGUGCAGAAGAAGGCAAGCAAAGUCGAUGAAUUAGAAGCGCAGAUAAAGACAUUGGAGCAAAAAAAUGAGCAAUUAAAGAAUUGUCUGAACAAAAAUCGGCCUACAAAAGAAAGAAAUGAGACAGUUAAGGAAAUCAGAAAGGAGACUUUAUCCUUUGCAAAGGUACUCACACAAAACGAAAAGCAGUACAACAAAAUAGGAAAUUGCAAUGAACGACAAUUAGAUCUUGUUUUGAGCACGCGUUCAGUGGAAAAAGAAUUGGAGGUGCGCGCGGCUGAGCCAAUCGUGCCGCCCGACCCACAUCAUCCUCCGCUCGCCAUUGUGGUGCAGCGGGGGCGUGCGCGGUACGGCGGGCAGCCCGCGCCGGCGCCACUGCUAGCUGAGUCUGAGGGGAGCAAUCAGACGCAUACUGGAUGGAACUUCUGUAAAGCAAACUUUCCGUUAAUGUAUUCGUUAUUUAUUUAUUUCCGUUAA